AUGCACCCACCACACACCAUUACGAACACCACUCAACAUUACCACCAACCACCACCCACCACUUACCGUCACCACCCCCCUCAACUACCCACCACCACCGCCCUCACCAUCCCACCUUUACUAUGUAUCACCACCCACCACCAUGACCCAUCACCACCACCCGCCUACACCACCCAUCAUCACCACCCACCAACACCACCCCCACCCACCACCCAUCAAGACUACCAUCACCUACCACCAUCGCCACCGACCACCACCACCCACUUCCAUUACCCAUCACCACUACAUGUUCCCACCUCUCUGCACAUCAACCACCAAAACCACCAUCACCACCACUCGCUACCACCACCCACCACUUCACAACCACCCCUACCCCUCACCGUCAGCAUCCACCACAUCCACCACCGACCCAUCCACCCACCACCUACCUCCACCAUCCAUCACCCACUACCUACCAUUAUGACCACUACUCGCCAAUACCACCAACCACCACCCAUCACCACCCGCCUCCAGCACCCACCAUCACCACCACCCCCACCUACUCAUCACCAUCACUUGCCAACACCACCAAUCACUACCACACACCACAACCAGCCCCACCCACCACCCACCAAGACCACCACCACCUACCACCAUCACCAUCGACCACCAACCUCCACCAACCACCCACCCACCUCUAUCACCAUCACUACCACCUGUCACGACCACCACACCCAUCACCUACCAAACCCACCACCCACCACCAUCACCACCACCCGCCACUACCACCUCCACCCAACACCUACGAAAACCACCACCCACAACUAUCACCACCACCCGCCAACCUUAUCCCUACAACCCACCAUCACUAUCUACCGAAACCACCACCUACCCACCCACCUCCACCACUCAUCACUACCACCUGCCCACCACUCACCAUUAUGA